AUGAAUAGAGCUUUUCUGUAUUUUGGAAAAAUGUUAAAAAGUGAAAUUACACCAUCUGCUACCACGUACACGUUGCUCAUCGAUGCUUACUGCAAGUCUGGAGAUAUAGAAAUGGCCGAAGAUAUGUUUCAAGCAAUGCUUUCAGAGGGUCUACUACCUGAUAUUGUGACUUACAACACUUUAAUGGAUGGCUUCGGCAGGAAGGGACACUUGCAAAAGGUUUUUGGGGUCUUAGAUAUGAUGAAUUCUUCUAAUGUUUCCCCUGAUGUUGUUACAUAUAACACUCUCAUUCAUAGUCUUGCCACAAGAGGAUUUGCCAAUGAGGCAAAACAAAUCAUGUUUGAACUUAUCAAAAGGGGUUUCUCCCUGGAUGUAGCAGCAUUUACUAAUGUUAUAGACGGGUUUUCAAAGAAGGGGAACUUUGAGGAAGUCUUUUUUGUGUUGUUCUGCAUGAGUGAGCAUGAGGUCAAACCCGAUGUAGUGACAUGCAGUGCUCUUCUCAAUGGAUACCGUAAGAAACAUCAAAUGGAACAAGCCAAUGUUUUAUUUCGCAAGAUGCUUGAUAUUGGAUUACAUCCAGACCUGAUACUGUAUAACACUUUGAUUCGUGGAUUUUGUAGUGUUGGAAGCAUUGAUGAUGCUUGCAACUUGAUAUGUAUGGUGGUUGAAAAUGGUAUCCUUCCCAAUAACAUUACUCACCGGGCACUUGUCCUUGGGUUCGGAAAAAAGAGGGUUAGGAAUCCUGUUUUAGUGGCAGCUCUUAAAUUGCAAGAAAUUCUUCUCAGAUAUGGUAUUCAUGCUGAUUUUGAUGAAUAUUUAAUACCAGAAAGCUGCACCCAUUGA